AUGACCGAACCCCCCAUCCUCGGUACCCGCCUCCAAACAAAUGUCGCGAUUGUCACGGGCGGCGGCUCGGGCUUCGGCGCAGGCAUCGCGCGCCGCUUCGCGGAAGAAGGUUGUAAAGUGGUGAUUGCGGAUAUCGAUGCGGUGGGUGGCGAGCGCGUGGCGAGUGCGUGGCCCCAGAGUAUGGUGAAUAAGCCAACGUUGGAUGUCACCGAAGAUGAAUUUGAUAGGGUUUUCAACCUGAAUGUUAAAUCUAUCUUCUUUGCGACGAAACAUUUUAUUCCACAUGUUGUUAAUCACGGGGAGGGUGGAUCGAUGAUCAAUAUCGCGUCGAUUGGGGCGACGAGACCUCGUCCGGGUCUGGUUUGGUAUAAUGCUAGUAAGGGUGCUGUUGUUAAUGCUACGAAAGGACUCGCGGCAGAAUAUGGAUCUAAAAAUGUCCGAGUCAAUUCUAUUUGUCCUCUUCUUGCUGGUACAGGGCUUUUCUCGACAUUUACGGGUGUAGAGGAUACGCCGGAGAAUCGUGACAAGUUUCUCUUUAAUGUGCCGUUGGGACGACUGUGUACGCCGGAGGAUGUGGCGAAUUAUUGUUUGUUUUUGGCGAGUGAUGAGGCGAGGUUUAUUACUGGGACUUGUUUGGAGGUUGAUGGAGGGAGGGGAAUUUCUUGA